AUGUUUAGAAUUGCUUCUUCUAGAACUUUAUUGACCACCCGGGUGCUCCGUCAGGUGGCCGGAGUCAGAAAAACUUCAGCUUUGAUGAGAUCCUUUUCCUCGAGUGCUACAGCAUUAGAGGCAAAGAUCCUAUCUGGUAAGAAGGUUGCACAGAAAGUCAGAGAGGAGGUUCGUGCAAACGUUCUAAAGUAUCAGGAGAAAUUCCCAGAAUUCAAGCCUUCAUUGACAAUUAUUCAAGUUGGAAGCAGACCUGAUUCAUCUGCAUAUGUCCACAGAAAACAAAAAGUCAGCACAAAGGCUGGUGUGAGCUGUAAUGUGAUCAAUCUCCCAGAGGAUGUGGAUGAAACCACUCUGCUAAACAUCAUUGCCAAGUUGAACGAUAACAUCGAUGUCAAUGGUAUCUUGAUCCAGCUUCCACUACCAAAGCACAUUGACGAGACUAAGGUGACCAACAGUGUGUUGCCAAGCAAAGAUGUUGAUGGUUUUGACAGGUACAAUGUGGGAGAGCUUGCCAAAAGACAUGGAAGCCCUCAUUUCUAUCCAUGUACGCCUAACGGUUGCAUGAAGCUUUUGAAAGAAACUGGAGUUUCGCUCGCUGGUAAAAAUGCAGUUGUUGUCGGCAGAUCCGAUAUUGUUGGCUCGCCUGUUGCCGCCAUGUUGAGAAAGGCCGACUGCACUGUCACCGUUUGCCAUAGCCAUACAAAGAACAUUCCAGAAAUCGUGUCCAAGGCCGACAUUUUGAUUGUUGCCAUGGGAAAGAAGGAGUUCGUCAAGGGUUCCUGGAUUAAGGAAGGUGCAAUUGUCAUCGACGUUGGUAUGAACUACGUUCCAGAUGCUACGAAGAAGACCGGACACAGAGCCGUUGGUGAUGUUGAGUUCGACAAGGCCAAGGAAAAGGCUUCUUGGAUUACACCUGUGCCAGGUGGUGUUGGUCCUAUGACUGUUGCCAUGUUGAUUUCCAACGCUUUCGAAGCCGCCCGUCAGCAAUAUUCGGCAUACUUGAAGCCUGCCACGUGCAAGCCUCUUAAAAUCCACCCAAAGAACCCUAUUCCGUCGGAUAUCGAGAUUUCCAGAUCCCAGCAGCCUAAACCAAUUGGUACUAUUGCCAAGGAGUUGGGCAUUUUGCCUGGAGAACUCGAGUCGUUCGGUGAUCACAAGGCAAAGGUGAAUUUGAAGGCAUACGACCGGUUGAAGAAUCGUAGAGACAACGGCUACUAUGUUCUUGUUGCCGGUGUUACUCCUACACCUUUUGGCGAGGGUAAAUCUACCACGACUAUGGGUUUGGUGCAGGCUUUGGGUGCACACCUGGGUGUUCCAGCAGUUGCCAAUGUUCGUCAGCCUUCAAUGGGACCAACAUUUGGUGUGAAAGGUGGUGCUGCAGGUGGAGGAUACGCACAGGUCAUUCCUAUGGAGGAGUUCAACCUUCAAUUGACCGGCGAUAUUCUCGUCAUUGAGGCUGCAAACAACCUUCUUGCAGCAGCUGUUGAUGCUCGCGCCUUCCACGAGUCCAGACAGUCGGACAAAUCGUUCUACAAGAGGCUUAUUCCAAAGAAGAAAGAUGGAACUAAGUACUUCACCCAGUCCAUGCUUAGAAGAUUGGAGAAGCUUGGAAUAUCAAAGACCGAUCCGGACACGCUUACCCCAGAGGAGAUUACAAGGUUUGCCAAGUUGAACAUCGAUCCGGACACCAUUACCGUCAAGCGUGUUGUCGAUGUUAACGAUCGUAUGCUCAGAGGAAUCACCAUUGGACAGUCACCUUCAGAAAAGGGCUUUGUCAGAAAGACCGGAUUCGACAUUACCGUCGCCUCCGAGUUGAUGGCUAUUUUGGCACUUUCAACUGGCUUGAAGGACAUGAGACAGCGUAUUGCACGCCUUGUUGUUGCCUCGAGUAGAGACGGCACCCCAAUUACUGCUGAUGAUAUUGGUGUUGCCGGAGCGUUGACUGUCAUAAUGAAGGAUGCAAUCAAUCCUAACUUGAUGCAGACAUUGGAAGGAACACCUGUCUUUGUUCAUGCUGGUCCAUUCGCCAACAUUUCCAUCGGUGCCUCAUCUGUUGUCGCAGAUAAACUCGCUCUCAAACUUGUUGGUUCUCCAAAGACCAAGGACGGUGCUUCUUCCGCUGAAACCGGCAAGAAGGGCUUUGUCGUCACUGAGGCUGGUUUCGAUUUCUCCAUGGGAGGUGAACGUUUCUUCAAUAUUAAGUGCAGGGCCUCGGGCUUGAGACCUGAUGUUGUUGUCAUCGUUACCACCGUUAGAGCUUUGAAACUACAUGGUGGUGCACCAGGCGUGAAACCUGGACGUGCAAUUCCACCAGAGUAUCUCAGCGAAAAUGUUGACUUCGUUGCCAAGGGUGCUGCUUCCAACUUAGCCAAAGAAAUUGCCGAUGCAAAGGCAUAUGGAUCGCCUGUUGUCGUUGCCGUCAACAAGUUUGGAACUGAUACGGAUGCUGAAAUCGAGGCUAUUACAAAGGAGGCACAGAAGGCAGGUGCAUUUGCCACAGCUGUUUCAAACCACUUUGCUGAGGGAGGAAAAGGUGCGAUUGAUCUAGCUAAGGCCGUCAUUAGAGCAACUAAGGAGGCACCUGUUGGUAAGAAACCUUUGAAGUUCUUGUAUGAUCUUGAUGGAAGUAUCGAAGACAGACUCAACGACAUUGCUACGAAGACAUAUGGAGCAAAGAAUAUUGAACUAUCGGACCUUGCCAAGCAGCAAAUUGCAAGAUAUGAGAAACAGGGCUUGUCUCACUUGCCAAUCUGCAUUGCAAAGACACAGUAUUCGCUUUCGCAUGACCCUGAGUUGAAGGGUGCUCCAUCUGGAUUCACUUUCCCAAUUAGAGAGAUCAAAAUUAGUGCUGGUGCCGGAUACUUGUACGCGUUGGCUGGUAAGAUAAUGACUAUUCCAGGAUUACCAACUUAUUCAGGAUUCAUGAAUGUGGAUAUUGGCGAGAAUGAGGAGAUCGAGGGUAUGUUUUAA